GGUGUAUUUUUUCUCCUAGUGGUGUGGCACUUGUUCUGUACGGUACAGUCGUGAAUACCAUUGCUGAGGACCAUCUGAACACAUGCAGGGACAUAGUUGUCUGGGACACACGUUCUGCGUGGACCUCCACAGCCUGUUAGUGUUACCAGCAUAAUAUUAUAUCAUAUCAUUCUCCUUGAAGGCUUGAUUGCGACAACUGAUCGGACUGAAGCAUCCAGAGUUCCAGAGUUCUUGUUUUCUGGCCACAGAUGUGGUAAUUGGUGCAGCUUGACGAUUCUGUCACCUAUCGUUAUCCGCCUAGCUUGGACGUGUUAUUCUUGUUUAACUUAGAGUGGAUUCGAAGGAAGGAAACGUAUAUAACAUGUGAGCUGGAUGAAGACAUUACGAUGAACAAGAUUUGGUGUUUUUUAUUCGUGGAAGCUGAAUUUCUUUAGUGAUGUGAAACUGGCCAAGGCAGCCUAUAAAAUACCAUAACAUUUAACUUUCACACUGUGUCGCUAAAGGGCAUUUCAAUUAUUUUGAAAUAAACUGGAGGUCAUUUUUCCACGUCGAAGUUAAUCCACAAGUUGCGUUUCUCCCAGAUUGACUCACGUCCCUUCAGUAAUAACCUCAGCGGAUUUUAUUUCUGAGGGUUUGAGCAAGGCAUUAGAUGCGGAUAUAAAUCAAUUUUGGAUGGGGUUUUGCUAACAGUCUGGAGAGCGAGGGAGUUCAAGCCUGUCACUCGUGUGAGCUACUGGCUGUACAUCAUUCGGAAUUAUAACACUGCCCUGGACGAGUGUGAGAUUUAUGUUUGCUGGAAUCACACGUCGGGAAAUCAUUCGUGAUUACCUCAAGCAUUCUGGUUGGUACACAGCUGCAUAAGGAAGAAUAACACCUGCAAACACCUGUAUACAACCUUGAAUAGGAGAAGUCCUAAUGUUCCGUUGUGUGACACUGAAAUACGGAUACCUGAGAACUUAGCUGAAGAUAGGUUUCAAGAUGGAUUCAGAAACAACAAUGUCCUCGGGAGACGACACCAUACAACUUCAAGUCACCGUGGCGUAUUUCUCAAUGGAGAUUUUAAUCUCCGUGGUGGCCCUUUUGGGAAACAGUUUGGUUCUGGUGGCCUACGCCCGUUCGCUGCGUCUUCAGACGGUCACGAACUUCUUCAUCGUCUCGCUGGCGAUAGCGGACCUCUUGGUGGGUCUUCUAGGGGUACCUUUUGCCCUCUUGACCGCUGAGGGGUUACCUCAUAACUUCCAUGCCUGCUUGAUCAUGCUGACUUUCCUGCUCUGUCUCUGUGCCACCUCAACUUUCAGCUUGAUAGGGGUGACGGUGGACCGGUUCAUAGCCGUAACAUACCCGCUGCAGUAUCACUCCAUCGUGACCAAGAAGCGAGCACUGGUCACCAUCUUGGGAUCCUGGGUGCUCGCUGGGAUUGUUGGAUUUCUACCGGUCAUUGGGUGGAAUCAGGGAGAGCCUGAUAAACCGCAGUGUAUAUUUGUGGACGUGAUUGACAUGAACUACAUGGGCUUUAACUGUCUGGUUGUUAUCAUUCUACCCUUCACCGUCAUGCUCGUGAUGUAUGGGUUCAUUUACAAAGCUAUACGAACACAGCUCAGACGCAUAGGCCCAACAUGUACAGGAGGUACAAGUUCCAACCCAUCCAGCGUCGUCAGAGGCACGGCAAUGGCGAGCUCCAACGCCCGUAGAAAGCGUCGAUUCUCCGCUUACAAGCGAGACGUGAAGGCCGUCAAAUCUGUCGGCGUCAUCAUCGUCAUCUUCGCCAUAUGCUGGUUCCCGCUCUCCAUCAUUAACCUCCGCACGGCACUCUGCCCGUCCUGCAUUGGGCCAUCGCUUACCAUCUAUGACGUCUUCAUCGUGUUGUCGCAUGCCAAUUCCGCCAUUAAUCCUUUAAUUUACGCGUACGGCAAGGACUUCAGGACUGCGUACAAGAGGACCAUCUGCAAACUCUUCCCGUGGUGCACCAGGAUGUGCCACAUCAGUCCGGGGCCCAAUACAACUAUUGGAGCAGUUGCUAUGGGCGUGUCAAUGCACUAUGGUAGCGGGGGUGAAAACAGUUUAACAAAUGACGGGUAUUGAACAUGAGUUGGAAGGCAAAGUGGAUUGCUACUUAUAACUUUCACGUCUUGAAGCAAAAUAGCUAGAUAUUAGUGUCGGGAUUCCGCUUACAAUAGAAGUUUCUUAUGAAAGAUCAGUGUGGAGCUGAGAAACACCUGUCGUGUAGUCGAUCGUUGUUCCAUUCGAGGGUGAAGAUCGAUUUUUAAAAAAUCUAUCACUUUGCUGGAACCACUUUACUGUUAAUUCAAUUAUUGAAAGUACAGACCCGGAAUUGAAUUAGAAAGUGCAUGACGGGAGAUGGAUGGGGCUCCAACACGAGGGAUUUUACUGUCUUGACUGCAAGUGCAACGGCCUUAAUUUGCUGAUAAAUCAGCCAGACACGCUGACUCAAUUGACCAUAAUUGGAUUCAUGAAGGGAUGUUGAACUGAACUAUUCGUUGCUAAUCCAACUGUUGAGAAAGCAAAAGGGCAGGUUUCCAGGGCCGGAUCCAGGUUUCGAUCAAGAGGGGGUUUAGC